CGCGCGACUACCCCGCUACACGCUUGAAAAUCCAUUCCUAUAUUUUGAGGAAGAUUGAAAGGACAUUUCGCCGUUAACAAUUAUCUUUGCUGGCUGGUUUAGAUGACGACGGAAAUCAUGGAAAUGAAUGGAGAAGCAGACAGAAACAGUGGUGGAGAGGCACCGCGCCCGGGCCGUUGGAGGCAGAACCCCGGGCCGCUCAACAUGAACCACUACGCCAACAAAAAGAGCGCGGCGGAAAGCAUGCUGGACAUCGCGCUGCUCAUGGCCAACGCCUCCCAGCUGAAGGCCGUGCUGGAACAGGGCCCUGAAUUCACCUUCUACAACGCGCUGGUGGCACUCAUCAGCAUCAGCAUCAUCUUCCAGGUCAUCGUGGGCAUCCUCCUCAUCUUCCUCGUGAAGUGGAACCUGAACGACCAGAGCAAACACUUCCAGCUGAACGUGCUGGAAAACAUCGCCACAGGCCUCGUCUUCAUCAUCGUGGUCAUCAACGUCUUCAUCACGGCUUUCGGCGUCCAGCGGCCGAACCAAAGCUCCUAAAAGCUGUGAUCCAUCAAUCCACAGAUCCCCACUGUCCUGCACCUGACACGGGAGAGGGAUCUGAGCUGCCAAAGAUGGACGUUUAUGGGUCACCAGGGGCAGGGUAAAGAAAAUGGUCAGAAACAAAAACAACAAGCCAUUACUUUUUGACAUGGAACCAUUUCAACACACCAAAGUAAAGGCCUUCCUUUAUCCAGAACUUCAGCCUUUCCUCCAACUGCAGAGCAUCAGGAUGCCACCUUCAAAUCAAACCCAGUAACCUUUCAUGCAGAACGCUGGAUAUUAAAUGAAGCCUAAUAUCCACAUGUUCAGACUUUACCAUUUGGAAAUACUAUAUACCUCAUCAGAUAUUGUAAGAAAGGGUUGAUAUAGUACAGCGCAGGGCAGAACGUGACUGCACCAGUAACAGUUGUGGGCUGUUGUCCCAGCUGGGCAGUCUAAAAAUAACUGCCAGCUCACUGCACGUUUCAAAGGACAUGCAUAGAAACGUGGGUCAUGGGAGAGGCUCUCUCAGUUACAUUUGGGCAUUCUAAAUUGGGGAAAAUAAAAUCUUGAAAUGAUUUGAUUUGUUGCAAGCUCCAGGGCAUUCCAUGAUAAAAAUCCCAAGCCAAAGAAAAACCCCAGCAGCCCCACAGGGCAACACAAAACUGGUGCUACCCUCACCCAGGGACAGGAGCGUUUCAUUCGGCUGGGAUGACAGCAUCAUUCGUGACCCCCGCUGGUCCAUCAGGCACAGGCCUGCCUGUUGAGAUGCAUGAAGUGUCAUCCACCAACUCAUGUCUGUGUGACACCAGCUAGUAUAUUGCUGGAAUAAGUGCUGAUGAGAACUAUGAUUAUGGCAUUGAAAAUUAGAAGAAAUGGGGGGGGGGAUUCAUAAACUAUAUAUUUAAGUUACUGACGAAUGUAAACAAUGUAUCAUUAACAAACUUGUCAAUUUCCAAAGCAGUGUUUAAUCUGAAGUGCAGUGUAUACAGUAUAUAAGGCAUGCUACAAAGUUUAGUUUGUCAUGGAGGGUAUAUUUACCAUGGAAUGCCCCUUGCACAAGCCGGUGCAAUGUGUAAACACAUUUUUUUAAGUAGACUUAUCACAGAGAAACUAAAUGGCUUCUUUGGCAGAAGGUAGUGUGAUCAAACUUUCCUCGCAGGAGACAGGCAGCAGUAUACAAGCUGCUCAUUAAGUGUUAUCAAUCACGAAUGCUUGUGCAGUACUGUUGUGAUUUUACCCCUACGCUCAACAUCUCCCAAGUACUGUUCUGAUAUUUCUGUACGAACCACAGCGAAUAGCUCAUCUUUGCUACUAAGAAUAGAAGUGCUCUUUAGAAGGCAGGACGGAAGCAUUCACUGCAGCCUGUGCCACUGCCAGACACACUGGACUCCACUCAAAGGGAAACGCAUAUUCUGUCAGCAACUCACCCUCCUGCCAUUCAGCAAAACGGAUUUGUGCUGAACCCACCUGACUGGACAGAGAGCGCCCUCUAGUGCUCACCCUGGGAUAAUUCAACCAGCAUUACCAGCAUCGCUGGGAGGGUGCAGUAAUGGCAGGGAUGUUUACGGAUUUCUUUGCGUUUGUCUCCUAUAUCGUUAUAACUAUGCAAUGACUGGGAACCUGAAAAGAUGCGUGAUGUUCCAAAUGUAGGACAAGCUUCCUGGCAUAAUCAGGAAUUUUUGCUCAUAUGAAACAUAGGUAAUCGUAAUGGAUUGAUGUUGUUUAUUUCCUGCGCAGUCUGUGUCCGAAUACUCCACUUCCAACACCACUCUCAUUCAAAGACAGACAAGACACGUUUUUAAAUGUCAAAAGGACAGGCAUGUUGUAUAAUCAAAUCAUUUAUUGAUAAAAUAACAAAACAUACACACCAUUACAUUAAAGUAACAAAAGGUUUCAAGUGUGGCUUCCCACAUAGCAUGGAAAUGUGUAUGAAAUUUCCAAAGCACUUUUGCCUAAUGGAUUUAACUGCGUGCCUUGCUAUGAGGGCCACAUCGCUUUGUGGUGAUUGAAGAAUCAAUCUUGUAUAUAUAUCAUCAUAUAUAUAUAGUCAAUCUUUUGAAAGGAAAACAUGGACUGUUUUUAUCAA